ACCAAAACCAAAGAACCUUAAUCUUCUCUCUCUUUCUCUCUGUUUAUUACUGAUUCUGUUCGAAAACAGAGAACAAGGGAAAAAAAAUAGAAGAGAAAAUGGGUAUAAAUGAUGAUGACUUUUGGUCUUCUUCUGAUCAUUGUCUGCGUCUGCUCUGCUCUUCUCCGAUGGAACCAAAUGCGAUACUCCAAGAAAGGCCUCCCACCUGGAACCAUGGGGUGGCCAGUUUUUGGUGAAACCACCGAGUUUCUCAAACAAGGACCAGAUUUCAUGAAGAACCAGAGACUCAGAUACGGGAGUUUCUUCAAAUCUCACAUUCUUGGCUGCCCUACAAUAGUCUCAAUGGACGCAGAACUCAACAGAUACAUUCUAAUGAACGAAUCUAAAGGACUAGUUGCAGGUUAUCCACAAUCUAUGCUCGAUAUCCUUGGGACAUGCAACAUCGCGGCGGUUCAUGGCCCGAGCCACCGGCUCAUGAGAGGCUCAUUGCUCUCUCUAAUAAGCCCAGCUAUGAUGAAAGAUCAUCUAUUGCCUAAGAUUGAUGAUUUCAUGAGAAGCUAUCUUUGUGGUUGGGAUGAGGUUGAGACCAUUGAUAUUCAAGAAAAGACCAAACAUAUGGCAUUUUUAUCAUCGUUGUUACAAAUAGCAGAGACUUUGGAAGAAGCAGAGGUUGAAGAAUAUAGAAAAGAGUUCUUCAAGCUUGUUGUGGGAACUCUUUCUGUCCCAAUCGAUCUCCCGGGGACAAGUUACCGAUGCGGAAUCCAAGCAAGAAACAAUAUUGAUAGGUUAUUGACAAAGCUGAUGCAAGAACGAAGAGAGUCAGGAGAAAGUUUCACAGACAUGUUGGGUUACUUGAUGAAGAAGGAAGAUAACCGAUACUUGUUAUCUGAUAAGGAGAUAAGAGAUCAAGUAGUAACUAUAUUGUAUUCGGGUUAUGAGACUGUCUCUACAACUUCCAUGAUGGCUCUUAAGUAUCUCCAUGAUCAUCCUAAAGCUCUUGAAGAACUCAGGAGAGAACAUUUGGCUAUAAGAGACCGAAAACGACCUGACGAACCGCUCACUCUUGACGAUAUAAAAUCAAUGGAAUUCACACGAGCUGUAAUCUUUGAGACAUCAAGAUUGGCAACGGUAGUUAAUGGAGUCCUGAGGAAAACUACUCACGACCUGGAACUCAACGGGUAUUCAAUCCCAAAAGGUUGGAGAAUUUACGUAUACACAAGAGAGAUUAACUAUGAUACAUCUCUGUAUGAAGAUCCUAUGAUCUUUAACCCAUGGAGAUGGAUGGAAAAGAAUUUGGAAUCAAAGAGCUAUUUCUUACUCUUUGGAGGUGGAGCAAGACAUUGCCCUGGGAAGGAACUAGGAAUUUCUGAAGUCUCCAGCUUCAUUCACUACUUUGUUACAAAAUACAAAUGGGAGGAAAAGGGGGGAGAGAAACUAAUGGUGUUUCCAAGAGUUUCAGCACCAAAAGGAUAUCAUCUUAGGGUUUUACCUUACUGACUUUGUUUUGUCCAAAUAUUAGAACUAUGAUAUAUAAAGUUAAGGUUUUUUUGUUAGGGUUAAUUAACCUAUUUUACCUCUCAAGGUUUAGAGGAAUAUAGAAGAAGCUGUUAGAAAAUAAUAUAUUUUAAAAUGUUGAGCCCAGCUCUUAUUUUG